AUGAAUCCGGCGGAGCUGCUGGGUGGCGGCAAUGGACACAUGUCGCCGACACAGAUGAGAGUGACCCCGAAUGUGGGAGGAAAGACAUUACCCGGCGCAAGUGCUGCAGCGAUAGCAUCAGGCACUUUGACGGGCAGCGCAGCUCCACGCGUGAAUGUGGAACCAAUCUAUACCCAGCUAAAGGCUGCGCUGGGCGACAACUGGAACGACUACAAAGCUGCCAUCAGUGCAUUCGUGACGGGACAACUCAACCAAGCCGAGCUGGCAUGGGUCCUUCAGCCAUAUCUGUCGCCCGUCCCUUCAGUAAUCACAUCUGCUGAUCCCAGCAAGUCGCCACUGUCGACGCUCCGGCUACACAAUGCCUUCCUCGCUUCGAUAUACGAGAACACAUUACGCGACUAUCCUCCUACUGAUGUCGCACCAUGGGUUGUCGCAACAGACAAGCCGACAGCUACAGCUAAGAACACUGGGCCGGGAUCGGGGGCGAAUGACAAGGCGGACGAGAGGCUCAAAAGAGAGGUCAUGACACUGCAUGCGCGCGACAGGAAGAGGAUCAAAGGCUUGAAAGAGGCCGCGAAGCCCGUCAACAACGCCUAUGCCGAGAUUGUGGGUUAUUCAAACGAGCUGGCUGUGAGGCCCACGGGAAGUGACGCGGAGCCUCAGAGCGCCACUGGUACCGGCCCGACCACAUCUUCACUGGCGAGAAGUAGCUACGACAUCGAGACGCGGCGGCGCUGGGCGGAGACACUGGCCUCGGAGGCACUAGAGUUCCCUGGCCAAGGUGAUAUCCAGAACCGAAUCGAGCCAAUAUGCUAUGAGGAAGGUCUGACUGGAGUAUCACAAGGAGCUCUUCCUGGCUGCGCAGAAAUCAUAGAGCAAGCAUUGGAAGUGCAGCUGAAGGAAAUGCUCGGUAGCUUGCUCCAUCAUGCAAGAUCGAACGGUGCUGGUGGAGAAGGUGUGCAGACCAACAAAUUCCGGCGGCAGCUUCGAAAGGAGGAAGACGACGCGGAACGUGGUAUCCUUCAACGCAACGCCGCGGGGCUCCUACCUGCUGAAAUGGAGAUGCAAGCCAAACGCCAACCUCUCGACCGGCAAGAUCUUCGACUUUCCAUCAACCUUUACGAUCCAUUUCUACGAUCAGAUCGAUUCUUGGACGAGCAUAUUAUGCUGAAUCAGUACCCAAUCAUGGAUAACAAACCUCAACUCAACGGCUUCGGUCACGUCGACAAGCCCAUCACGAACGGAGUCACUAUUGCUGAUCCGGACGCGAUGGACAUCGACGGCACUGAAUACGCAGGCUUUCAGGGUAUUGGCAAGGCCGAACACGAUGGUGUCAUGGGCGCUUUGGACGAUUGUCUGCUUGCUGUUGCUGGGUAG